GCUUGUCCCCGCGCUCCUCCGAACCCCACGAUUCCAACCCGGCUCUUUCCGCCUUUCCCUUCCCCCUCCCCACAGCCCCGCGUCCUCAGGUUGCGUCGCCCACCUCGCCUCCGCAGCACCGAAGGGCAACCUUCGCACUCCCUGACUGCGGGCGCGGGGAUCAGACACGCUGUCCUCCGGCCGGCCCCAAGCUCCGGCUGUCCCCGAUCCCGAGCCAGCCCGGAGGGGGCGGUGCGCAGCGCAGAGUCUCAGCCCAACCUGGCCGGCCCUGCUCCUCAUUGGUCGUCACCUCGGCGGGAGGGCGGCCCGUCUCGGGCACCUGCCGUCGCCCCUCCACGGGCAGAUCGGAGGCUGCGGGACACCGGCGCCCAGAGACAGCAGCACGCGAGGACAGGCCUGGGGCUCGGCGGACCGCCUCACGACUGGCCCUGUCCUUUCGCCACCGCGGCCCCGGCUGCGCUCGCGGGAAACUUUGCCCGGCGAAGUCCUCUGCCCUCCUGGACAAGCCUUAACAGUUCACCUAACGCCCCCCGGGGCCCCACACAGCGUGCGUGAUUGCCACGCCGCCCCGCACCGUGCAUCCGCGGCGCCGGGCCGCCAGGAUGCGCUACGCAGACCCCUCAGCCAACCGGGAUUUGUUGGGGAACCGAACUUUGCUCUUCAUUUUCAUCUGCGCCUUCGCCUUGGUGACCUUGCUGCAGCAGAUCCUGUACAGCAGGAGCUACAUCAAGAGAGGCUUCCAAUUUGAUUGGCAGAGGGGCGACCAGCAGGCCAAUUGGACUGGGCUCUUUAAUGACAGCAACAGCUCAACAGAGCCGAACAUCAGUGACUUCAGAUCCAGGUACUUUGAAUUUUACAAGGGGCCUUUAGAAUUUAACUCCACAAGAUGCCUGGAGCUGAGGCAGGAGAUCCUGGACGUGAAGGUGCUGUCCAUGGUGAAGCAGUCUGAACUGUUUGACAGGUGGAAGCGCCUCCAGAUAUGCAACUGGGCAAUGGACACCUCCGAAGCCAACCUGUUCAACAGGUCCACCUUGUCCAAGUGCUGCAACGCCCCUGGCUUUCUCUUCACCACCCAGAAGAACACUCCAGUUGAGACGAAUCUCAGGUAUGAGGUGGUGUCCAGUGGCUUCUUCCACAUCAAUCAGGAAAUCUUCCAAAUGUUUCCCAAGGAAAUGCCCUACUACCGAUCUCAGUUUAAGAAGUGUGCUGUGGUGGGCAACGGAGGCAUCUUGAAGAACAGCGGCUGUGGGAAGGAGAUCAACAGUGCCGACUUUGUCUUCCGGUGCAACCUGCCCCCCAUUUCAGGGGAGUACGCCACAGAUGUGGGGGAGAAGACAGAUGUAGUCACCGUGAACCCCAGCAUCAUCAUUGACAGGUUCCACAAGCUGGAGAAGUGGCGGAGGCCCUUCUUCAGGGUGCUGCAGAUGUACAAGAAUGCCUCGGUGCUGCUGCCCGCCUUCUACACCAUACGCAACACCCUCGUGUCCUUCCGCGUUAAGUACCUGCUGGAUGACUUCGGGUCCCCGCAGCAGGUCUACUUCUUCCACCCGCUCUACCUGCUAAGCGUGUCGCGCUAUUGGCUCAACCUGGGCGUGCGCGCAAAGCGCAUUAGCAGCGGCCUCAUCCUAGUCACGGCGGCUCUGGAGCUCUGUGAGGAGGUGCACCUGUUCGGCUUCUGGGCCUUCCCCAUGAACCCCUCGGGCUUUCACAUCAUGCACCACUACUACGACAACGUCAAGCCCAAGCCCGGCUUCCACGCCAUGCCCUCUGAGAUCUUUGCCUUCCUUCACCUGCACAGCCGGGGCAUCCUCCAAGUACACACAGGCACCUGCAAUUACGGCUGACAGACAGGCCCACCACGGGUGUCUCAGCUCCCAUCCGCCUCUCUUCAGGGUUCCCUGGCCCUGCCAUUGUUGUUCCCUAAGGAUUUAGGGUUUGUCUUUGGGUCCUGGGGAGGGAGUCAGGGACAGAACCCAUGCAACGUCAGCUCUGUCCUGAGCCUCCAUCCUGUGCCUCCAUUUAGCUCCCGGGCCACUCUCCAAGGUCGGGGCCUCAUAAGCACACAUCCACUCAGUUUCAGCUUCCCAGAGAACACAUUUGUGGCCUGCUUGUAGCUAAGUCAGGCCCUGCUGAGAAUAGACUGGCGGGCGAGCCAUCCCUUUAGCAGGAGAGAGCAUAGUCCAGGUCUCGUUUGGACAUUUGGCUGCCCAAGUUUCAUACCAGGGACUCAGCCAUGAAUCACCAUCUAGAAUCUCAGGGCUCAGAGGCUAGCCCUUCUAGGGAACAAACAGUGGCCAAGCGUCCUGGUCUACCUGGCUGGACUCCAAAGGCUUCAGGGAUAGCUCAUCACCCCAAGACUCCAGUAGCUGAGAGCCAUCCCCCUCUUAAAAAUACCCCUUGGACACACACAGCCUCGGUGCCUCUAGGUUCCAGCAUUUAACCUUUGACAAGAAGGAAAUAAACCAGACCAGCCAUUUGCACUAAGAUCUCCAAGCCAAUGUUAUCGACUCAAUAAGUGCUUAGCAAUUUGCUUCCUGUUCUGUCUCCCUAUUUUCAGCUCCAUUUUAAUCAGGAGUUAUUUAUGAAGAUCUGUUCCUCUCUAUGUCCCCAAAUACUGCAGAAUCUUGUUAAACUGUGUUCCUGAAUAGGAAAGCGUCAGCUGGAAAGCUCCUUGUCACGUGAGCCUGGUGGAUGGCAGCUAGCUGGGACUUUGACAUCCAUGUUCCUGCUGUUUCUGUUCUCCAGACACAGGGAUUCACCCGGCCCGGGGUUAGGGGACCCAGCUGUUCCUAGGCUGAGAGGUUCACACAUCAUCCGUAUCUGGAAACUCCUUCCAGUUGCUUCCAUCCCAUGGUCACUGCUGGUGGAUGAUUGCCUUGUGGAAUUGUGGGUUGUGUCGGGAAGACUUUAGCCUGAAUGCCCUCCUUCUGUCUUUUUUCCUCUCCCUCCUCUCGCUGUCCCUUCCUUCCUUUCUUCCCUCCUUUAGAUAUUUCUAGAGAAGCCUGUUCUGAUCUGGUCCGUGUUUGGGUUGGGGACGAUGCCCUGAUGGAGGUGUCAGCUCUGUCUUCUGCAGAGGAGCAGACAGAUCACAUCGACACUUCAGCCCGGCAUGCCACUCAGAGGACCAGCUAUGAGAAAAUCACACACAGGCCCUCCACCCGACCUCACCUUGUAGAUGCCAGAACAGCCCCCGUUGGGGAGCAAGCUGGCCCUGAGGCUUCUGGCCCACUUGAGCUCCCUCCUCUGAUUAUUUUCUGAGCCUUCUUUCUCUGGACUCUGGCCUGUAGGUGCCUGGAGCUUGUUCCACACCCUGUUUCAACUGACUGUGAGGCCCCCAGGAGGACCCGAGCCUUAGUCUGCAAGGAUGGAAGGUCCCGGAGGAGCUGCAGAAACACACAGGGCAGCACACAUGGAUAAACCAGAUAAAUCACACAAGGACAGGCAUGCUCAUGGCUUUCUGGGCUCUGGCUGUUUCUGCCAAGGAGCGAGUUCUAAGAAUGAUCUAAGUUAACCAAGCCCACAGCUAACUGAAUCCAGUUGUUAAAACCAUGGGGUGUCAGAAUUAAAAGGUUUCAUAUAGACAGGUUUGUCCCACUAGUAAAGAAGUGACAUCGGCGGUCAGACUGUCUGCCAGGCACUAAGCCCUCUAUCUGGCAACAGCCUGGCCAGACAUCAGGGUCUCCCUUGCUGAGGUUGCUCAGAACCUGCCCCAGCCGGUUCACCAUAGGAGCUGGAGAUGGCUCAUGCAGAUCUUCCCAUGCCCGUGCAUGAGGGGCUAGGGCAUCCUUCUGGCAUAUGGUGGUCCUUCAGCCUCUGACUUGCAAGGCAGACCCCUCCUGUCCCUCAGGGUGUCAGUUUCCUUAUCUCUUCAAUUAGAUCCUGAGAAAGGACUUGUGGGGUCUCUUCAGUGACUGCUGGGGGGCAUCCAGGAUGUGUGGAUCUAAGUAAGUGGUCCUUACUAUGAAAGCUGCUGGGUCAUCGCGCCCUCUUGGGUAGCCCCGCACCGGCCAUUUUCCCCGUCACGGUAUCCCACCGUCACUCCAAGACACCUUGAGGUAAAGAGGCUAUUGUGGUACAGGUUAAGGGCUGAGACUUAGUGGCUCGGGCACUUGCUCAUGGCCAGGUCUCCAGGGGAGGGCGGGAGGGCUCUGCAGAGCUCUGCAGACUGCACUCCAAACCAGGGCUGCUUGCCAGAGCCUCUUUCCAGCCCUGACCCCUGUAACAGUCUUUAUGCCUAGAGGAGAACUAAGGCUAGCUCUACAUUUUGGAGCAAGGACAGCUGCCUGGAAAGGGGCGAUGUUAAAUAACAACACGAGUUGUUUUAUUUUAUUUUAUUAUUUAUUUAACUUGCCCCAGAGCACAUGGCAAGUUAGAGGCUCCCCUGAGCCUCACCUAGUCCCCUGACUUCCAGGCUACAUGCUUUCUGACUGAGUCAGUGUGUGUAACAUUUAUCAAAGGUCCAGAGAGACCUCUCUGCCCCAUCCUGUCCCACAAUGCAGACCACUAGUUAAAUUCUGAUUUAAGGUCAUCAGUUCCCCACAAACCAAGUAGCUGUUCAGCUGUUGUGUCUUCCUCUGUGCUAAAUGCAGUUCCGGGCUUGAAAGAUAGCAAGGCAGCAGCAGCAGCAGCACCACCACCACCAGCAGCAGUAACAGCAACACCAGCAGCAAGUCGGUGACUCAGUGCUUAAGCAGGCAGAAGGGAGGAGGCUCAAGGUCAGGCUGGCUCCUGGAACCUUCUUAUGCUGCCGUGACAACAUCUCUGCCCAGACUCAGAGAGGCAUAAACAACACUAGAUGUCGCUGAGUCUGGGAAGGAAGCAGAGGCUGCAGGGCUUCCCAUCGACUUCAGCCAUGUGUUACUGUACGCUCAUUGGGCCAGGGGAUACGCCCUGGUUGCAGAAGCCCUUCUGGCACUCACCGUCAUGUGGGUGCCCUGAUGUUAAAAGAAACCCUUCUCAAACACUCCCAGGAGCUCAACGUGUAGACGACUCUCAGGGCCAGGUUCCCAGUUAUCAGGGAGAGGAGAAGGGGAAGGAAGAGGAGGGACAGAAAGGUCAAACCUGAAUCCUGAAAGUUAGCAGCAAGCCUUUGCCAAAGAAGGCGCUGUGCCUUUGGUCUCAUCCUUGACAGCCAUGUAAUAUUUGACAAGGUUGCCUCCAGGUCCUCAUGCUCUUUCCUGUUCUGUUUCUUCCUGAUACAGCCCAGCCUCGCAAUGUCUCUCUGCAUGUUCCCCAUCCCUCAUCUUCUGCGACACCUGGGGCUUUCUCAACAGCAGCACUCCUGCUGCAACUGUAUCUCCCGAGAGCCACCAAUCCUUGCUGUCCUCACCUGCAGGCCAGCCCUCCCCAGGAGCACCAGAAGCAUGUCCGCUGGGGCCUUCCGAGCAUCCGCCUCUGCAUGGCAUCUCGGACCUCAGCCUGUCUGUCCUCCACUGACACAGGUAGAAGAGUCUGGACUCAGAGACUCUUCCAUUGUUUAGUAGAUCUUUGGGGAGUCCCUGAAGCCCCUGGAGGCUCUGAUCCCACAUCUACUAAAACAGACAAGAACCUCAGGCUAUGUCUCCAGGAGUGAGUGACACAGUGUUGCACAAUGAUUGGCACAGUUACCAGCGCAGACACUGGGCAAGAGCAGGCUCUCUCUGCCCGGACAUCCUCCUUCUCCGUACUGCUUAUUGGUUCUCAGUUCCAGCACAAAUAUCCCUGGUGUUCAUUCCCUCCCUGUUCUUGCUUUUGCCACUGCUAUAAUUUGGGCUCUUUUGAGGGAUCCUCAUUUAUUCUAAGAAUUAGCAUCUCAAAAUACCUUUUGUGAGACCCAUUGCUGCUGGUACCACAUAGUCCAAGUUUUUGUUUUGAUUGUUUGUUUUCAGUCAAACCAUACAGGCCAUGCCACAAGCAGGCUCUCUCUCUUUCUAGAGACCCUCCUGCCUCUGUGGGCCUCUCUUCUUCUGUUAGUUCUGUGCUUUUUGUGCAAGAGGUUCAGAUGAUUGGAAUGGUCCCAUUCCUCUGCCCCUCCUCCCUCUUCUUAUCUGGUCGCUUCUGUAAAUUAUAUCAGGUUAUGACUCCUGCUACAUCCCCUCUGUGGAGUGGGUCACACACUCUCCCUUCUGUGUGUCUGUGGCAACCAGCAUGGUCAGAGCAAGUAAAAGUGAGUUUCAACGAAACAACAAGCG